AUGCUUUCUUAUACCAAUGUCAUAUGUCAAAUAAAAGUAGAUAAGAUCACCUUAUACAUUAUCAUUUAAAAUGACAGUAUUUAAGAUGGCCUGAAUGAUAGUAUUGAUUCUUUCUUUAAAGAUGCUUGUUCGAAAUCUGUCUAGAGCUCUUUGGAAAACAUUACAUAUAGAGAAGAGAUGCUUUGCUUCUGACCCAGCAAAAGUUCAGCCAGAAACUAUAGACAAUGAAGAUCCUAUCCAGGCAGAAUAUCUCAACAAAGACAUCUGUCUUCUGGUGGAUGAGAAGGAUAAUUUCAUUGGUACAGCUACCAAAAGAGAUUGUCACAGAGUUGGACCUGAUGGCAACAUACUGCUCCACCGUGCCUUCAGUGUCUUUUUAUUCAACAAACGAGGAGAUAUGCUUCUACAAAGAAGAUCCAGUCAUAAAGUUACAUAUCCCGAUUAUUAUUCCAAUGCUUGUUGCAGUCAUCCUUUAUACAUAGAUAAUAAAGCUGAAGAUGUUAUUACAGCAGCAAGACGCAGAUUGAAUCAUGAAUUUGGCAUACCAUUGGAUCAGAUGGACCCAGAACUGUUCAUACCCAUGACACGGGUACAUUAUCACGACCCCGGCGAUGGCGUGUGGGGCGAACAUGAGAUAGACCACAUCCUUAUCUUCCAAGGGGACGUCAAGAUCAAACCCAACUCUGACGAGAUAUCAGAAUAUUGCUACGUGCCAAAGAAUGAAUUUAAUGCGUAUCUACCAACAUUAGAGGGGCCUAUUACUCCAUGGUUCAACAUGAUCCGCCGGCACAGACUCAAGUUAUGGUGGGACAAUUUGCAUCGGCUUAAAGAAAUUGCUGAACCAGAUAAAAUUAAGAAAUUCAAUACUGAGAAAUAGAUAAAACAUAACGCUAUUAUCAUCAUAUAGACACUUGACUGAACACUUUAUUGGUAUACACUCUGUUUAGAGACAGGAGUCCUAUACAGUUUUAUGAAGACUCGCAUCUAAAAACCUAGCUUUAAGGUUUACUGCAAAAUAUUAUUUCUCAAUAUUUUAUAAGAACAGCAAAGACACAAAGGUAGCUCUUAUGUUCGUUAGAUUAUUAAAAUUAUUAUUAUUGUAUUUAAUAUUUUUUUAAUUAUCCAAUUAUUAUGUUUUCUGUAACCACUGCUAAUUGCCAUACCACAAAAGCAGUGCCGUACACUGAUUUUGAAGGAUCUAAUUUUCUUCAUAGUUUGAAUCAUUUAAAAAAAAGUACAUAAUUUUAACGCCUUUUAAUGUAUCUAAAGUUAAAAAAACCCUCUGCCUUUAGUUAAAAGCAAUUACUGCAGUCAGUGCUGAAAAUCGGGCAGUCCAUUUCUUUAAAUAAGUGAAAAUAUUUAAUAAAAUUAUGAAUUAAAUGUAUAUUAUCAUUAGAUAGAGAAUAUAAUGAAAAUGGGUGCUUUCAAUACAUUUUUAUUCAAAAUAAAUAUUUUAAGCAGGUAAUUGGCAUUAUAAUUAUUAUCUAGAAACCACAAGAAUCCGACGGCACUCUUAUGUUAUUCAUAUAUAGGCUUCAACAAUUCAUCAGAGCUAUUCGCAUCUGAUGCUGAAGAUGUCCUCGCUGACUUGUAAGCGGUGGUCACCCACUGCAGAGUUCUGACGUGCUUCUUCUUCCGAAACGCUUUCCUCUUCAAGGAGUUUUUAAAGUGUGCUUCGGUGUCAGUGAGUGAACGCAAUAAAUACGCUUUACAAGUAACAUGGUUUCCUGCGUGUAAACCAUUCCUAUAUGCUGUGUGGAGAUACCGCACGGCCAUUACUUGUAGUACCUAGAAUGAACGACAAAUGAUGGGGCUUAUGAAUAUAGGCCAAAAUAGCGUUCUGCUAAUUUUGACAUUUCGGUGAUAAAUAGGUACUUAGUAAAAGAUAAACGAUGGGGGUUUAAUAAGGCAAAAAUAACGUUCUGCCAAUUUUGACAUUGUUACUAUUAUAAAUGAGAAGUAAUUAA